UCCGUGGUGCGUUGGAAGCGUUGCCGGCGGAGAUGUCGAGCUCGGAGGAUUUGGCUGCCCUGGCAGAGGAGGAUCUGCUCGACUUUCUGCUGAAGGACGAUGCUCCCUGCACUGAAAUACUGGGGGAGGAGAACAGCCUGCUGGAAGAGUGGGGCCUCUCGGAGCCCGAGUUCCUGAACAACAAGGAGAUGGACACCUUCAUCAGCUCCCUGCUGAGCCCCUUUGUCGAUGAGCCAGUGCUGCCGCGUUACUCCCCUGCUGACAGUGACAGCGGCAUUUCCGAGGACCACAGUUUGUCCCGUAGCCCUGGCAGUGACUUUGCCAGCAGCCCUCGGAGCUCAGACGUCGUGCAGUUUGAUCACAAUUACUCCCUUCAUCAGGAUGGGCCCGUGCUGGAGAGCGUGAAGUCUGAGGUGGCAGAAGGAGAUGUUUCCAUUGACCUUGAGACAUGGACAGGUUUAGAAACCCCAGCUGAGACACUGGAAGAGGACUCGGCUUUUCCUUUUGCUGUCGCUGUGGAUGCUGGACCCCAGUAUGUGUCUGGAGCCGCCAUGCAGUUCGACUUCCCAGAGCUCAUCCUGACAGAAGAGGAGAGGCAGCUGCUGGAGAAAGAGGGGGUUUCGUUACCCACCAGUCUGCCGCUGACCAAAGCUGAAGAGCGGCUCCUGAAGAAGGUGCGGCGGAAGAUCCGAAACAAGCAGUCAGCCCAGGAUAGUCGCCGCAGGAAGAAGAUCUAUGUGGAUGGCUUGGAAAACAGGGUGGCAGCCUGCACAGCUCAGAACCACGAGCUGCAGAAGAAGGUGCAGCUGCUGCAGAAGCAGAACAUGUCCUUGCUUGAGCAGCUGCGGAAGCUGCAGGCGCUGGUGAGGCAGUCCACGACCAAAACAACCACGGCCAGCACUUGCAUUAUGGUCCUCGUUCUGUCCUUCUGCCUCAUUCUCUCUCCCAGCCUCUAUUCCUUUGGGAGCAGAGGGCCGCAGCCGGAGCUCCGAGUGCUGUCACGGCAGAUCCGCGAGUUCCCCAGCCAGGUUUGGCAGGCAGCACCUGACGUGCAGGAGGACGCUGCGCUGGAGACGCUUAGUCCAGAGCCUGAAGACCCUUCGCUUUUGGGCCUCCUCAACCAGUCCCGGGAAGAGGGGCAGAACCUACCUAAGCCCAACCCCAGGUCCUCUUUCAACAGCAACUCCUCCUCCGACCCUCCGGUGGCAGCGGGCUCGGAGCUGGGCCCUCCGCAGCCGCAGGAGCAGCGCCCCGGCAGCGCUGCCCAGCACUCGGCAGCACCGGCACCUUGGGAAGCCAAGAGGCAGCAGUGGGUGGAACGCACUGCCAGCGUGGUCAUCCAGCCGCACCGCGUCGAUGAGAUGUGACCACCCCAUCUCCCCUGCCAGGGCCCUGCCGGGCACCCUGUCGAGAAGUGACGGACAGAAAACUGUGUUCCCAGCUAAUCUAUCAAAGCAGAUGCUUUUAGAUACUCCCUGAUUGCGGGCAGCUCAGCAGGUUUGUCAUGUUAGAGGUGACCUGCUGGUCCACACUGCCCUGUGUGUCCAUAACAGGCGCCUGUCGGAGAUGAGGUGAGAUAGGAGCCUCGGGGAGCUCCUAUCUAGCUGCUGUUUUCCUGCUGUGCUGCCCACGUGGCCUGUGGCCCUUGCUCACGGCGGGGCUCACUGGGGAAGGGCUGGUGUGUGGGGCUGAGGGCACCCGGUGAUGCCCCAUCUGCAGGGCCAGAGAGCUGCUGUGCCUAUGGGCAGGCGCCCUGCCCCGCUUCCCCGCGGCUGGGUAGAGCUGGACAGGCCAAGGCCUGUACUCCUUGCUGUGUGUGGCAGCCACGGGGGUCUGUUUGUCCCCUGUUGUCACCUCAUUUCUGUGCGGCGUGCUGGGCUGGCUGCCAGCCUUCGGUACCCUUCGGAGUGCCCGGCCCCUGCGCAGGCGCUGCAUGCCCCCCAUUCCUGCUCGCGCCAGCCAUGGGCACAGUGCAGCUCCUGGUGCACCUGGGGAGGGGGCAGCCCUUUCCCAGCUGUGCAGGCACCUGUCGCCCAUCCAGCUUUUUGGGGCUACCCUUUCCACGAGCCCGGGAGCAGGACUCCGGAGUUCCAGCGGGGAGAAGGGGCAAGGCUCGUACCGGGCAGCCAAAGCAGGAGCGGCAGAGAGCAGCAGAGCUGCUUGCUUUCCUGCCGGCUCCGCAGGCAGCCC